GCUUUGGAAGAAGUAGAAGGAGAUGUGGCAGAAUUGGAACUGAAACUUGAUAAGCUUGUGAAGCUAUGUAUUGCAAUGAUUGAUACUGGAAAAGCCUUUUGUGUUGCAAAUAAACAGUUCAUGAAUGGGAUUCGAGACCUGGCACAGUAUUCUAGCAAUGAUGCUGUAGUUGAGACAAGUUUGACCAAAUUUUCUGACAGUCUUCAAGAAAUGAUAAAUUUUCACACGAUCCUAUUUGACCAAACUCAGAGAUCGAUUAAGGCACAGCUUCAGAACUUUGUCAAAGAAGAUCUUAGAAAAUUCAAAGAUGCCAAGAAGCAGUUUGAAAAAGUCAGUGAAGAAAAAGAAAACGCAUUAGUAAAAAAUGCCCAAGUACAGAGAAACAAACAGCAUGAAGUUGAAGAAGCCACAAACAUUCUGACAGCAACAAGAAAAUGUUUUCGACAUAUAGCCCUAGAUUACGUACUUCAGAUUAACGUCCUUCAAUCAAAAAGGAGAUCAGAAAUCCUGAAAUCAAUGUUAUCCUUUAUGUAUGCCCAUUUGGCCUUCUUUCAUCAAGGAUAUGAUCUAUUUAGUGAACUUGGGCCCUACAUGAAGGAUCUUGGUGCACAGUUGGAUCGACUGGUUGUGGAUGCAGCAAAGGAGAAAAGAGAAAUGGAGCAAAAACAUUCCACCAUUCAACAAAAGGAUUUCUCCAGUGAUGAUUCUAAGCUAGAAUAUAAUGUAGAUGCUGCAAAUGGCAUUGUUAUGGAAGGUUAUCUGUUCAAACGAGCCAGCAAUGCCUUCAAAACUUGGAACAGGAAAAAGCCCGAUCAUAUCAGACGCUGGUUUUCAAUACAGAAUAAUCAGUUGGUUUACCAGAAAAAGUUUAAGGAUAAUCCCACUGUGGUGGUAGAAGAUCUAAGGCUCUGUACAGUGAAACAUUGUGAGGACAUAGAACGACGAUUCUGCUUUGAGGUGGUCUCUCCAACAAAAAGUUGUAUGCUUCAGGCAGAUUCUGAAAAGCUGCGCCAGGCAUGGAUUAAGGCUGUUCAGACCAGUAUUGCUACUGCUUAUAGAGAGAAGGGUGAUGAAUCAGAGAAGCUGGAUAAGAAAUCAUCUCCAUCCACGGGAAGCCUGGAUUCUGGAAAUGAGUCAAAAGAUAAAUUAUUGAAAGGAGAAAGUGCAUUGCAGCGAGUCCAGUGUAUUCCUGGCAAUGCCAGCUGUUGUGACUGUGGUCUGGCAGACCCACGGUGGGCCAGCAUCAACCUGGGCAUCACCCUGUGUAUCGAGUGUUCUGGGAUUCACCGGAGUCUUGGAGUUCAUUUUUCAAAAGUACGAUCUUUAACUUUAGACACCUGGGAGCCUGAACUUUUAAAGCUUAUGUGUGAGUUGGGGAAUGAUGUUAUGAAUAGAGUUUAUGAAGCUAAUGUGGAAAAAAUGGGAAGAAAGAAACCGCAACCAGGACAAAGACAGGAGAAAGAGGCGUAUAUCAGAGCAAAAUACGUGGAGAGAAAAUUUGUGGAUAAAUAUUCUAUAUCAUCAUCACCUCCUGAGCAGGAAAAAAAGAUUGUCUCCAAAAGUUGUGAAGAAAAGAGGCUGAGCAUUUCUAAACUUGGGCCAAGUGAACAAGUUAGAGCAUCUCCCCAAAGUUCAGAGACAGAAAGGCAGGAUUCUUCUGUGUUUCUCGACUCUCAACAUCUUAAUCCAGGACUCCAGCUUUAUAGGGCUUCGUAUGAAAAAAGUCUUCCUAAAAUGGCUGAAGCUUUGGCUCAUGGCGCAGAUGUGAACUGGGCUAAUUCUGAGGAAAACAAAGCAACACCACUUAUUCAGGCUGUAUUAGGGGGCUCUUUGGUGACAUGCGAGUUUCUCCUUCAGAAUGGUGCUAAUGUGAACCAGAGAGAUGUGCAAGGGCGGGGACCACUGCACCAUGCCACUGUCUUAGGGCACACAGGGCAGGUAUGUUUAUUCCUAAAACGAGGUGCCAAUCAACAUGCCACUGAUGAAGAAGGGAAGGACCCUUUGAGUAUAGCUGUGGAAGCAGCCAAUGCUGAUAUAGUGACCUUGUUACGUUUAGCGAGAAUGAAUGAAGAGAUGCGGGAAUCAGAAGGACUUUAUGGACAGCCAGGUGAUGAAACUUACCAGGAUAUUUUUCGUGAUUUCUCCCAAAUGGCAUCCAAUAAUCCAGAGAAACUAAAUCGUUUCCAGCAAGAUUCACAGAAAUUUUGAAUUUUUUUAAGAAGGGGAAAAUAGUAAAUCUGGUGACUCCCUAAAGUAUACAUCUGAAAAC